AUGGUUGAUGAUCUCAUUAGUGAGUGCGAGCAACUUCCUACUGCUCAUGCAAUGUGGGUUCAUCUAAAUGAAAAAUUUGGCAGUACAACUGUAAUCAAAUUGAAACAGUUGACCAUCAAAUUUGAUACUUAUAAGAAACUCCCUAAUCAUACCAUCAAACAACAUCUAAGAGAGAUGUCUAACAUGAUAAGGGAAUUGAAGUCAGCAGGACACACCCUCACUGAUGUGCAGCAAGGUCAAGCAGUAAUCCGCUCUCUUCCUGAUAGUUGGGAGCACAUGAAAGUUAAUUUAACUUACAAUGACAACAUCAAAACUUUUGCUGAUGUAGCUCGCUAUGUGGAACUGGAAGAUGAGCGUCUUGGGGCUACAAGAGAUCCCGUACAUGCUUAUAUUACUGAAUCCAGUUCACACAAAGCUUCAGGCUCUGGUAUGGUGUUGCUCAUAGAUUCUUAUUCUUUGUGGAUUAUAGACUCAGGAGCCACAUAUCAUAUAGCAGGAGACCGAGGUGCAUUUGUAGAGUAUCGUCGAGUCCAAGCUGGAACUAAAUGGAUAUAUGUAGGAAACAAUGCGAAAGUUGACGUAAAAAGGAUAGGCACGUGCAAGGUGGUGUUGCGUGGUCGUCGAACUUUGCUCUUUCAUGAUGUCCUAUAUGCUCCAGAGAUUCGACGAAACUUGGUCUCUGUAUCUGUUCUUUUAGGUUUAGGUUAUGGUUUAAAUUUCUGCAAUAAUCGUGUGGACAUAUUUUAUGAAUCUGUUUAUUAUGGUACUGGCUAUUUAUUAAAUGGUUUCUUUGUGUUGGAUUGUGAACAUAAUGUGUAUAAUUAUGUUGGAAGUUGUUUUUCUUCAAUUGCUUCUUGGCAUGCUAGACUAGGACAUGUUGGUCAAGAAAGGUUGAAUAGGCUUGCUAAACAUGGCCUGUUAGGUUCACUUACUGUCAUAGUGGUGGUGGAGGUGGUGAAUGAGAAAGUAGUAGAGACCAAAGCGGCGGCGACGACUGUGAAAGAAAGCAUGGGCAAUGGCAGUGAAGAUCAAGGUGGCGGCAAAAAUAAUAGUAGAAAAACUGAUUUAACUUAUUUGCGACCAUGGGGGUCGGCAGCCUAUGUUCAUGAUUCUUCCCACAAGUAUGAAAAACUAGGUCCUAGAGGGAAGAAAUGUAUCUUUAUAAGAUACUCAGAACAAUCAAAAGGUUAUGUGUUCUUAGGUGAACAUUCCGAUGGAGGUUUAAAUGAAAUAGAAUCACGUGAUGCCACGUUCACAGAGGACGAAUUUCCCAGUAAAGGAAAUGAUAAGGAGUUCAUGAAUAUCACUAAAGAGUGGUUACACUCUAAUUUUCAAAUGAAGGAUAUGGGGGAAGCUGCAUAUAUUCUUGGAGUGAAAAUUUAUAGAGAUCGUUCUAGAAAAUUAUGGGUAAAAGAGCUCAAUGGGGACGAAUACCAGGUAUUNCACAUAAAGGGUGGCAGUGAAGCUGGCAAGUUUCAAGAAGCUAAACUUGAAAGAGAAGAGUAUAUCAUGCUAUCUAAUAAACGGUUCUCAACAUUGGGAAGCAAAACCAGAGAGAUAAUAUAUGACAUUUUCAUCGAUUACGAGAACAAGAAACGAAUGGCUGGAGAGUUCGAUCUGUCUGAUGUUGUCAAUCACCUUCACAAACAACUUAGCUGUGAUGGUUUUACAGGUGACAAAUUAGAUUUUGUCUACAUUGAUGAGGUUCAGGACCUUACGAUGAGACAGUUAGCCCUUCUCCGAUAUGUCUGCAUGAAUUUUGAGGAAGGGUUCACUUUUGCUGGAGACACAGCUCAAACGAUUGCGAGGGGUAUCGACUUCAGGUUUGAAGAUAUUCGCUCUCUUUUCUAUACAGAAUUCCUUUCGAGAUCGGAAAUUCUUAAUCAGGACAGCAAGAAAAAGGAAUUCACGAUGGCUGAUAUGUUCCAAUUAAAUCAGAAUUUUCGUACGCAUUUUGGUGUUCUGAAACUGGCACAGAGUAUCAUGGACCUUCUGUACUAUUUUUUCCCUGUAUGUGUUGACAAAUUGUCUCCAGAGACUAGCUUGAUAUAUGGAGAAGCUCCUGUUCUGCUUGAAUCAAGUAAUGAUGAGAAUGCUAUCGUAACAAUCUUUGGAGAGAGCAGAAACACAACAGGUAGUUCGAGUGGAUUUGGAGCUGAACAAGUCAUCCUCGUGCGUGAUGAUUGCGCCAAAAGGCAAAUUUUGGAAUUUGUUGGUGAACAAGCUCUUGUUUUAACCAUAGUUGAGUGCAAAGGCCUUGAAUUUCAGGACGUUCUGCUUUAUAAUUUUUUUGGUGCAUCGCCAUUGAAAAAUAAGUGGAGAGUUGUAUAUGAGUAUAUGAAUACCCGCAAUAUACUUGAACCCUGUAGGACAAGGUCAUUUCCUUCAUUUGAUGAAGCAAAGCACAAUCUUCUUUGCUCAGAGCUGAAGCAACUAUAUGUCGCUAUUACCCGGACACGACAAAGACUUUGGAUUUGUGAGAAUAGCGAUGAAUACUGUAAACCCAUUUUUGAUUACUGGAAAAAGUUAUGUCUGGUUCAAGUAAGGCACUUGGAUUCAGCUCUUGUCCAGGCAAUGCAAACGGCAAGCAGUGCUGAGGAUUGGAAGUUACGUGGUAUCAAGUUAUUCAAUGAGGGGCAUUUUGAGAUGGCCACUAUGUGCUUUGAAAAGGCUGGUGACGAAUUCAGAGAAAAGUGGGCACGGGCAGCAGGCCUCGUACUAACGGCUGAGCAGGUUAUUUCUACGAAUCAAGAAAUGGGUGAGGCUGCACUACUUAAAGCUGCUGAACUCUAUGAAAUCAUCGGCAAACCGGAAAAAGCUGCUACAUGUUAUAUCAAAUUGAAGGAUUACAUGAAAGCAGGUACCAUUUAUAUGGAGAAGUGUGGCAAAUCUAGGCUUGAAGAUGCUGGGGAUUGCUUUGCUAAAGCAGAAUGCUGGUCCCUUGCCGCUGAUCUGUACUCUCAAGCAAAGUGCUUCUUGAAGUGUAUCUCGAUUUGCUCCAAAGGACAACUAUUUGACUCUGGAUUACAGUAUUUAGAAAGAUGGAAGGAGGAAUCAUUUGUCGAUAAACAGAAUUACAAAGACUUCGAUGAAGUUCGAUUCACGUAUUUGGAGAACUGUGCUAUCCACUACUACGAGCGUGGAGAAAAAGAACGUAUGAUGGUUUCCGUUAAGGCUUUCCAAUCUAUGGAUCGAAUUCGGUCUUUUUUGACUUCUAAAAAUCUUCUUGAAGAGUUGCUUAAAGUGGAGAUUGAAAUGGGGAACUUCUUAGAAGCUGCAAAGAUUUGCAGAAGGAAAGGAGAUAUCCUACAAGAGGCAGAGAUGCUCGAGAAAGCUGGUCUUUUUGAGAAGGCUGUACGACUAAUUCUUUUUCACGUCGUUAUAAACUCACUAUGGAUUUCUGGAAGUGAUGGGUGGCCUCUAAAAAAGUUCACUGGAAAGGAGGAACUACUUAACAGAGCCAAAACUUUUGCACGAAAAGUGUCAGAUUCCUUCUACAGUUCUGUUUGUUCUGAAGUAGAAGUGUUAGGCGACAUGCCCAAAACUUUGUUGAACAUGUCGAAACAUUUGAUUGAAGCCCAGAAAUGUCAAAAUAUCCGACUCGAAUUUUUUACUGCUCGUGCUAUACUUGAUGUCCUUCUCCGUUCAGAAACCUCUAAGUAUUUUUUUGAUUCAGAAGUAGUUUUGGACGUAGAAAAGCAUGCAAAUGAGAUGAUGUCUCAGAAUCGUUUCUCUGCUGAAACAUUGGUGCAUAUCUGGAACCUGUGGAAAGCAAUUGUAUUGGAAGUAUUAAAUCAUCUAGACAAAACUGAAUCGCUCGACAAAAAGGAGUUCAUAAUGUACGAAGAGUUGUGUCUUGAAUACUUGGGAGUCAGAAAGGAUGAUAAUGAUAUCUUCUAUGUUGUGCUGAACAAGGAUGCAAGUUGGGUUCAGAAUACUGGUAAAGUUUCUCUGUACAAAGACAGAAAUCAUGUUGUGAUGAAUGCCCAUCAUUAUGCAUCAUCUGCUCGAAAUUACUGGACUAUAGAAUUAUGUUCUGUUGGUAUGACGGUACUGGAGAAAUUGGAAUCCAUGAUCUGUUUUCCUCCGAGGAAUUUAAUAUCGCAAUUCUCCAGAGGGAAAGUGGUCUUAUGUAUAUAUGAAGUUGCAAAGUUUCUUAAGGGGUUCGAAUCCAGUCCGUCAAAAUUAGCCGAAAAGGUAUGCAGGUUCUUUCACUUGUCUCUAGAAUCUUUCUGGAACAUAGUCUUCCCAUAUGAUUGGAAAGAUCGAACAACAGAGGACAUGUUACACAUUCAUGAGUACAGGACUGCUGAAAAUUUGCUUGAUGAUUUGCUCGAUCAAAACCUGAAACCGGUAAAUGGCAAUUUGACCCACGGGCAGAUAGGGAGAGUGGUGAUGCUGAUCCUCCUGACAGGGCGAUUAACUGAUGAUUCCUUUAACAUAAUCAAGGGAUGUCUGAACAAAAUGUCAGAGUGGAGAGAAUUUCUCGAACAACUCAAGAUAUUUUUAGAUCACGGAUCUUCAAAAAUAUUAUUGAUCUCUUCGUUUAAAAAAGCACUUGAGGCAGCAUUCAAGGCAGAUUGGAUACACGAAUUGGAUUACAUCGCUCCACACUGCUUUAUGUAUCUUCUCGAAUGCCUUAUGUUCUUGGCCUUAUCAUGCCAAGAAUCCAGAUGGGAAGUCUUCUGCACUAAAUCUUUACUGAUUGGAAUGCUGAGAUGCCAUGGUUGUAGAGGUUAUAUUGAUUCCUGUUUGAUCCCUGUCCCCAAUAUGCAGUUAGAUACUCCUGUUAAUAUACCGCUGGCAUUCACUGCUAUGAUUACUAAAAGCCUUCUAAGUAGCACGCAUGAAAUCCGCCAGUGGAUACAAAAGUCUUCUUUGCCUUCAGGGUCCUAUCGACCGAUGAUACUUCAGCUUGUUACAAUACUCUAUCUCACAUAUCUCAAUACUGGGAUUGAUACUCAUGAAUUCGCAACUCUUCUUUUAUAUAACAAUUUACUUGGAGAUCUGCCUAGGGCUUUCUCUGAGAAGCUUCGGCAUGUUAUAUAUUCCAGGACGCAAAAUUAUUCUCGGUUUUUAAGUGCAUUUGCUGAUGCACUUGAAACAAUUGGAAAUCCUUUAGUGGUAAUAUCUUCUACUGGAAGGAGUUCAACACUGUCAAAGUUGAAUGCUGUUUUCAUCAGCCCUGAGCAAAUCAGGGAUCCCGACCGUGUUUGUGCAAUGCUAUUCCUGAAGAUUUUGGGAAAUGUUAAGGAUAAAGAGUCUUCACAAGAUUCAUCAAACAUGAGCUCCAGCUCCAGCUGUUCGCCAAGUACUGGGAUUGAGAGAAAUAAAUCUGGAAAUCAACAAACUAGUCUAGAGAAGUCUGAAGGACACCAACGUGGAAAUGUUGAGGAGAGUGCAGUGGAUACUGUCAAAUUUCUAGAGACUGUAAUAUCCCAGUUAAAGGAAGAAAGAACUCAAGAAGACUUUGGGAGACACUUGGCAUUGCGACGGCAAAUUGCAGCAGGUAAUGAAUUCCCUGACCGUGAAAAAAGCCAUCAGCAAGAGGCUUUCGAGAGCACUGUACACAGCUGUGAUAAUACCCCGGAAGGCGAGUCAGCUCCAGAUGACAAGGAAGCUGAAGUUGAGCGGUUACUGUUUGUUCUACUACUGAACAAAGAAAGAGCAGCACACUGA